UUGAACUUCCAUUCUUGAGUAGUUUUUAAACUUCGGACAAACAUGCCGUCUGUGAAGAAGGAAAUACAUUUUUUACUGGCUUAUUUCCUCUGUUUAUCGGUAAUUUUUGAUUUCCGGUGUAAUGGACAGAUCACUCAUCAAUUAUGUAACUCUACUGAGAAGGAAUUCCUGCCAGCUGCACAACAAAAUGCAGGAUUUUCAUGUCCAGGCGCAACACAUCCGUGCAACGGAGAUCACAGAUAUUACUCUAUAGAUGGAUCUUGUAAUAAUUUAAAACAUCCUAGAUGGGGAUCAGCGAUUUCACCUUAUGUUAGAAUUGUAGCAGCAAAUUAUUCCGAUGGAAAAAUGAAACUUAGAAAAGCAUCAGAUGGAUCGCCAUUACCCAGCACUAGAGAACUUUCGGUUCAUCUUUUCAACGAUAAGAAUGUGUUCUCGAAUAGUUACAACGUAUUAUUUUACGGAAUAGCUCAGUGGGUUGAUCACGAUAUGACUCUCAGUCUUCCUCAAAUAUCACCAAUUCCAUGUUGCUUGGGCACAAAACCCCUGCCCCAUCCAAUGAGUGGAUUAUGUCUUGCUGUGUAUCCCGCGGCUAAUGAUUAUUAUUAUUCGAAAUAUGGAGUCACAUGUCUGGAUGUGAAACGAGCCAUCAAUACGGCAACGUUUGCAUGUCCUUUGAAACCUAUCGAUCAAAUCAAUUUCCAAACAUCGUGGCUCGAUUUAUCUCUGAUUUAUGGUCCCUCCACCCUGUUAACUAACGCUUUGAGGACUUUUCGAGGAGGUCAGUUGAAAAUAGGAGCAGUAAAACAAACCAGUGGUCAGACUUUUCCACCCGUUAUACCAAUCGGAUGUCCAGUAGGAGGACUUCAGCCCAUACCUGGAGGAUCUUGUCUGGCAACGGGAGAUGCAAGACUUUUACAAAAUCCAGAACUGGCCAUAAAUCUAGUAACACUUUUCAGAAUGCAUAAUCACAUCGCUGCUGGAUUACAAAAAGUAAAUCCUGAUUGGAAUGAUAAUAAAUUAUUUUCCGAAACUAGAAAGUUACUCAUAGCCAAAUAUCAACACGUAACAUACACAGAAGUCGUCCCAGCAUUAAUAGGAAACGAUAUGGCUGCUUCUUACAAACUUCUGCCACAAAAAAGUGGAUAUGCAUUGGGUUAUAAUUCAGAACUAAAUGGUCAAGUUAUAGCCGAAUUUUCAGCAGCUGCUGGUCGUAUAUUGCACAGUUUAGUCAGAGGAAGCACAAACUAUAAAGAUAUUACAGGACGUAUGAAAGAGUAUCAUUUGAAAGACCAAUAUUUCAAUCAACAAUUCCUUCUGCAGGGAAACACUUUUACAAAUAUGAUCGAGUCGUUUAGCAAUGCUCAAUGCGGUGCUCAAGAUCAAUAUACUACCACUGAUAUCACCAAUCAUCUUUUUCUCAGCACAACACAGGCUUUUGGUCAAGAUUUAGUAGCAGUUGAUAUAAAUCGUGGCAGAGAUUUUGGUAUGCCACCUUACACUGUGUUUCGAAAAGCAUGUGGUCUCUGCCAAAUCGACAGCUUUCAAGAUCUCAGAUCUGUAAUAACUAAUCCGAAUAUGAAUAUCCCUAUUUUGCAACGUUUCUAUAAAAGUAUCGACGAUGUUGACUUUUACGUGCUGGGAAUUUUGGAAAAACCAGUUCCAGGAGGAUUAGUAGGACCAACGAUGGCUUGUGUUUUAGCUGAAACAUUUUCGCGAGCCAAAUUCGGAGACAGAUUGUUCUACGAGUUUCAGAGCAGUGGAUUUACAGAACCUCAAUUGCAAGAUAUAAGAAGAACAGUUUAUGCUCAAUUUGUAUGUUUGACUAAUAAUAUCACAUCAAUACCAGCUAAAAGUCUGCUUGUACCAUCGCCAACAAAUCCUGAAGCUCCUUGCCAUAGUUUCGGAGACGUCAAAUACGAUUUGUUCAAAAAUUAUUAUAUUCAGUGGGUGAUUUUACUGCGUGAAAUGAUCCUAAACAAUAUUUUCGGUGUUUUGAUAUUUUUAAUAAUCCAAAGUAACGUCACGUGUCAAUCAAUCAUUCAUAAGAAACAUGUCAUUCGAAAGAAUUCGGAUUAUAGGCCGAAUAAUGGAACAAAAAUUCGUCAAAAGCGAUCAUUCGGUCCAUCAUGGGAAGGAUCUGCAUUCACACAUCUAAAACUAAACGAAAUAGAAGCUGAGGUCACACAAUGUUUCGACGAACCAAAAAUGUGGUGCAAUGAUAGAUCAAAAUAUCGAACUACGGACGGAAGCUGUAAUAAUUUGAAUAAACGAUCUUGGGGUAUGGAACAAACAGCGACAUUUCGAGUAACAGCUGCAAGAUACGACGAUGAUAUGUGUUCAAUACAUUCAUUAUCGGAAAAACCACUUCCACCAGCAUUGAAAAUAAGUAAAAUGAUAACAAUUUUGAACAGGUUACCGAGGGUAGAAAAUGUAACCACGCUUUUUGGCGUUUUUGCUCAAAUUAUCGCGGAUGACGUCGUUUCUUCGAUAGUCAAGAACUCAGACAGAAUAUUCUGCUGCUCCAACUUUAAUACCACUUUCGAUAAGCCUUCGUGUAAUUGUAUGGACACGAGUUUACCUCAAGACAAUAAAAACUGUAUCAAAUCAGCAAGAUCUAAAACAACAUUUGACGAAGAAUGUCCAGUUUUUCCAGUAUAUCAAAUAUCGUCAACUACCAGUUACAUCGAUGCCUCAUUCUUAUACCCCUCAGAUCUCGAUGAAUUAUUAGCUCUUAGAACAAACAAAACCGGUAAACUGAAAAUUGAAAUGGAUACCACAAAUCGACCGUUCAUCAAGACGUACAAAUAUUAUAAAAACGUCAAUCAUACUACUGAAAGAUCAUUCGUUCACAUGAAUACUGGAACGAAAACUUUGCGAACUAUGUUCAUAAGGCUGCAUAAUUUCUUAUGCGAUGUGCUCGCUUGGUUGAAUCCUGCAUGGGACGAUGCGAUCCUAUUUCAAGAAUCAAGACGUUUCGUUAUUGCCAUGUAUCAGAAUAUAGUUUACUUCGAAUUUUUACCAAUAGUGAUAGGUUACGAUUACGCAAUCAAAUACGAUUUAAUGCCAACAAUUAACAGAUUGCAAGAAACUUACGACCCGGAUAUUAAUCCAAAAACCAUAAAUAGCUUCGCGACUGCAGCUUUCCGAUAUUUUCACGUUUUACUUCCUUCUUCUAUCAGUUUGGUAGAUCGCCAUUAUAAAAUAAUGAAAAAUGUAAGUUUUGUUGGAACCACCGGAGAUAUUGAUAUUACAGAGUACGAUUUGUACGAUAGCGUUAUACGAGGAUUAACCACCAAUUUAUUGAUGAAUCAGAAACAACUAGACGAUCGACAGCGCGAUUUCCUGCACGCUGCUGACAUAGAAAGAGGCAGAGAUCAUGGGCUGAUGUCGUACAAUGAUUAUCGCGAAGCUUGUGGUCUUCGUAGAAUACACGAUUUUCAGCAACUGAACACUCUAAUGAAUCGUAAAGAUGUAAUGAAAUUGGCUGAGAUUUACAACGAUGUUGAUGAAAUUGAAUUGUACGUCGGCGGAGUUUUAGAAAACCCAGUAGAAGAUGCCAUAGUUGGACCAACCUUUCAGUGUCUCAUAUCUGAAGCAUUCUAUCGAUAUAAGUACGGUGAUCGAUUCUUCUAUGAGCAUAAAAAUGUCAUGGGUCAAUUUAGCAGAGAACAAUUACGGGAGAUUAAAAAAGUAACAGCAAGUUUACUCAUCUGUAUAUCUAGCGAUGCAAUACUCAAAGUCCAAACAAACGCGUUUUACUUACCAUCCAAUGACAAUCCUUACCUACCAUGCGAAUUAAUUAUGAGACCGGAUUACAUGCUGUGGCAAGAAAAACCAGAGAAACCGAAAAAAUUCUUCAAGAAUAAACCAAAAUAAAAUAUAGAAAAAGAAUUAUAUUACUCAAUAACGUUAACAAUUAUGGUUGAAGGUUUAAACUCGUUUAAGCUGUCGUUUCUUCGGUCUUCGUACUCUCUUGAUUUGCAACCUUAGAACAAUAAAAAUAGCGAAUAAGUAACUAACCAUGAUCACCUGUACUCAAUUCAAUUAUUAUCAUCUAAUUACAUACUUGGAAUUCGUAA